UUAAGAAAGGUCAUGCACCGGAAUAGGUUCAUGAGGCAAAGCUCUGUUGUUCCAGCCAUUGUCAACCGUAUAUGGCGGGAUCUGAUCCAUAAUCCUUUACAUUUGAUAUUCUCAGUAGAUGUUCUUGGUAUGACAAGCUCAACAUUGGAUUCUUUAAGUAAAGGCUUUGCUGAGCUGUCAACAGAUGGGCAGUUUCUGCAAUUACGUAUGAAGCAGGUAUGGUCUAGAAGAAUAACUGUGGUUGGUGACGGUAUUCUUCAAGGAACUGAAGCCCUUGCUCAAGGGUUUGCUUUCGGCGUGUCUGGGGUUGUAACAAAUCCUGUUGAGAAUGCAAGGCAAAAUGGUCUUCUCGGUUUUGCUCAUGGGCUGGGACAAGCUUUCCUAGGGUUCAUUGUUCAACCAGUUAGUGGGGCAUUGGAUUUUUUCUCACUAACAGUAGACGGAAUUGGUGCAAGUUGUACUAGGUGCUUAGAAGUCUUUAAUAACAAGACCGCCUUCCAAAGAAUCAGAAACCCUCGUAAGCAGUGCGGCAGAUAUUUUUAG